CCCACACUCUUUCUUCUUCAAUCCGUUUCCGAGAUGGACAAUGAGUCGCUUCCCGCUUUCCAUCCCUCGCUUACCUCCGCGUGCAAACACCUAUGCAUCAUCUAGAGUGCCCUGGUUAUGCGCUUCAUGCCUCCUGCGCAGGAGAAACGCUCCUCAAACCCGACGCUUACCAUUCCCUUCGCGCGCGACCAAACAAUCCGACUUCCACACCUCUUCCAGCCGCCGCGCUGAUGCUUCCUCCGCAAACCACUACGAUGUCCUUCAGCUCGCCCCUACCGCUUCUGCCGCAGAAAUCAAGCGGCAAUUCUACUCGCUCUCCAAAACCCACCACCCGGACCGCAACCCGAACGAUCCUACGGCCACCACUCGUUUCGUCGCUAUAAGCGAGGCUUAUCACACCCUCUCCGUGCCAGAGAAACGCACAAAGUAUGAUGUACAGCUGGCGCAAUCGCAAGGGUCGAAGAAGUGGGCAGGAGAGUGGAGAGCCGCAGGCGAGCAAUCGCAUCCUCAGGGCAGCUACAGCAGUGCUAGCUUCGCAGGUUCUCGACCUGCCAGUGGGUUGAACAAGAAGAGGAGCACGUUUCGAGGGCCGCCGCCUAGUUUCUACAAGAGCGGAGGUUACGGGAAACACGGAACGAAGAGAGCAGAGUACGCGAACUACCAGCAGCAUAGGACUGAACCGAGGAAAGAUGCCGGGCCUGAGAGUUACGGGGGAUUCGAGGGCUUUGGGCCAGGACAAACGAGGCAUGGGGAUGAGGUGCCGCACUUCAACCAUAGACGUCAUAAAGAAACACUCGAGCAGAUCGAUAAGCACAUCCAAACAAGACGAAAGGCGUGGACACCCCCGGAGAUGGCCGACGAGUAUCGCGGUGGGCAAUUAGCACAUUUCCUGUUGGUCGCUGGGGCUCUGGGCAUCAUAGUUUGCGGGGGGUCAGUUCUCGGUGGAAUGUACAAUGUCAAAAAAGCCAAGACGUAA